AUGCGACUGAGACUUGGGCUACAAGUUACAGACCUAGCCUACAGGUUCAACAUCUCCAUUGGUACUGCAAGCCGCAUCUUCAAACUGUGGCUGGGACCAGUGGCAUCUGUGUGCCGCACGCUCAUUGUGUUUCCCAAACCGGACGUUGCUAGAAGCUGGCUGACAGACAGGGAGAGUUCCCAUUUCCCAAAUUUGAAGGGAAUAAUUGACUGCAGUGAGGUACCCGUUUCCAGGCCUUACAACCUGUCGACGCAGCAACAAGUGUGGAGUAACUACAAACAAGACUCAACACUCAAGUUUUUGGUUUGUGUAAAUCCACACGGGUGUAUUACCUUCAUCUCCAAAGCAUUUGGUGGAAGGAUAUCUGAUAAAGAAAUCACAAUAGAAAGUGGCUUUCUGGAAUUGCUCCUGCCAGGGGACCAAAUUUUGGCUGACAGGGGGUUCCUGUUGCACGAAGAAUUCUUCCUUCGCAACGUGCAACUCAUCACGCCUGCAUUCACAAAAGGAAGGACGCAGCUUCUACCAAGUGAGGUGGAAAGCUCCAGAAGGAUUUCGUCCUCACGCAUCAUUGUAGAAAGGGCCAUCGGACAUCUUAAGAAGUGGAAGGUGCUCUCAAACACUGUUCCAUAUACGAUGGUGCAACACUUCGACGACAUCCUUACCAUAAUCGCAGGACUGACGAACACUGCUCCUUCUCUUUUAAGUGAAUGUGAGUAG